AUGUUUCGAAUGCUUGUGAAAAUAACCGUAGUGCUGCUGUCUCAAAACUUUAACGUCGCUAAAAGUUUUGAAAAUUUGGCGUCCAUUUUGUUAAGCAAUCGCCUCAUUGACACUAAUGUCUUUCCAAGAGAGUACGAUUACAUAGUAGUGGGCGCCGGUUCAGCUGGUUGUGUGGUAGCUAAUCGCCUUAGUGAGAUGAACAGCACCGUCUUACUGUUGGAGGCUGGUGACUUUGAAACCCUAAUUACUGAAGUACCUCUAUUAGCAGCAAUUACUCUAAAAACUUCUUACAAUUGGGCUUAUAAAACUGAUCCGUCGCCGCAUUCUUGCUUGGGCCUAAAAGAUGGUGUUUGUUAUUGGCAUAAAGGACGUGGUGUAGGCGGUUCUAGUCUUAUUAAUUUUCUGCUUUACUCCCGCGGUCAUUACCAAGAUUUUGAUCUUUGGUCCAAAUUGGGCAAUAAGGGAUGGAGUUACAAUGAGGUUUUGCCAUAUUUUAAAAGAUCAGAACAUUUCGAAAUUGAAAAAUUGAAAAAUUCACGUUUUCAUGGUUACACAGGCCCAUUAAAUGUAAGCUAUGCUACCUACAAGUCGCGGAUAUUAAACGCUUUCUUUAAAUCGGGUGUUGAAAUGGGUUAUAAUGUAAUUGAUGUUAACGCCGGACAGCUAAGUGGUUUUGGUAAGCCUCAAGCUACGCUGCGUAAUGGUAAACGAUGCAGUACUAGUAAAGCCUUUCUGCAACCUAUUAUAAAUAGGAAAAACUUCCACCUUUCAGUAAGAAGCCGUGUAACAAAGAUCAUUUUCAAGAAUAGUUUAGAAAACAACAAAUUGGUAGCUUUAGGUGUCGAAUUCGUAAAAAACAAUAAACGUUUUAUGAUAAAAGUUAGUCAGGAAGUUAUAUUAUCCGCUGGCUCAGUAGCAUCACCGCAAUUAUUACUGCUAUCUGGCAUUGGGCCUGCAGAAAAUCUUCGAGAAUGUGGUGUACCUAUUCUAAACGAACUUCAAGUCGGCUAUAAUUUGCAAGAUCAUGUUGUACUGCCUGGUUUAGUGUUUACCACAAAUGAAACUACUGUUAAUGGGCGUUCAUUAUUGAACCCGCGGAAUAUUUGGCAAUAUUUAGAAACCGGUACCGGAGUUUAUACAAUCCCAGGUGGAGUUGAUGGAUUGGCCUUCGUGAGCACUCCAGGUUCACGUUUUAAUAAAAACUAUCCUAAUUUGGAAAUAGUUUUGGGAGCUGGUUCUUUAAGUUCGGACAGUUUGAGAUUUACUAGUAGUACUUGGGGACUUCCCGAAGAAUUUUACCAGCAAGUUUUCAAAGGCUUGGAAAUAAAGAAUGCUUUUGACAUGCAACCCGUGUUGUUGAGACCUCAAAGCCGUGGCCGCGUUUCCCUUAAAACUCGAAAUCCUUUUGCAUGGCCUAAAAUGGAAGGAAAUAUUUUGCAACAUCCCGAUGAUAUUGCGACGUUGGUAGAGGGGGUGGAAAUGAUAUUACAACUUGCUGAAACCUCUGCUAUGCUGAGGGUGGAUACUAAAUUCAAUCAAAGACCUUUUUGGCGUUGCAACCAUUUGAAAUUUGCUAGCUGGAAAUAUUGGCAUUGUUGUUUAAGACUUUACGCUUCCACUUUACAACACCAGGUUGGUACGUGUAAAAUGGGUCCGCCGAACGAUUCAGAAGCGGUGGUCGAUUCCCAACUAAUGGUUUAUGGAGUUAAAAACUUGCGUGUAGUGGAUGCUUCUAUAAUGCCCACAAUACCUGCUGGUCACCCUAACGCGAUCGUGAUAAUGAUUGCCGAAAAGGCCUCGGACAUGAUCAAAGAAAGAUGGCGUAUGAAUAAUAAUAAACAUUAUUAG